CUAAGGGACCCACAAGGGUUUGCUCAUCCCAUCAUUCAUCGCUUAGGGGAGCGGGGAGGGGGGUGGGGUUGAAACAAAGAGAAACAUUUUUGAUUUGCCAUCUACUCCCUGCUCUGAGCUGGACUUGGCUGACUUGGCUUGAUGUCAGAUGGUUAGUUAAUAUUAAUCGAGCUAACCAGGGAAGAAGGGGCAUGCAGCUCCUCCCUUCCUUGCCUACUAUACCUAAUUAAUGUGUCUUAUAAGGUGGGAAGAAGUAGAUGAGGAGUCAGGAAAGUCAGGAACCUUGGGACCUGUCCCCACCCUUCCAAAAGCUCUAUGUUAAGGGAGAUGUGAACACAGGUCAAACACAUAAUCAAUAUGAUGAUAAUGAUGACUUAUCUUAUGAAAAGACUUUCAGGUUCCAAUCAACGACCCACUUAUUUCAAGUAGCAUUUGAUAGUACCAAAGAAUCUGUGCUAUCUUGUGUCUAUCAUGAUGGGAUUUGCUUCUAGGGACUAUUAUCAUAUGAUUUGCUUACAUUGUUUGACUCAUGAUAAAAACAGGAACAAAGUAAGAAUCUUCAGUAACAAAAUUUCCUCCAGACAAAGAGUUUUUCCUCUGUUACACAUUUGGAAAGGCAGGAAGAAAGGGAACUUGCUUUUGUUUGGCAGUGAAUUCUUUCAUUUUGUAUUCCAAAGGCCUUGCUCAGAAUCCAAGUGAAUUAUCAGAGAUCUAAGUGAUUACCACAAGUGGUCAUUCAUGUCAGUAACUAUUGGAAUUGAAAUUUAAAAUUAGGUUCCCUUCUAAAGAUCUGUAUCUUAAAAUAAAAAUUCAUCUUAGAGUGGGAGCCCAGGUUGAAAAGGAGGACUGAUGCCUAGGGAAAGGCAGAGGACAAAGCAGGGCAUGCUUGGCACUGAUGGUGGACUGCUGUUAGGGUUCUUUGUAAAAUCAAAGAAUAUGUAAGUUUUGAAGUGUUAUCUAAAAGUGAAUUUUCAUUAUUAUUAUUAUUAUUAUUGCUAUAAGGUAGAUAUUCUCAUUCUUUCCUUCCUCCCAGCUGGAGAGAAGGGAGCUUUUGGAGGCUGUUGAAACUUUUUUGCAAUUUUUUGCUCCCUAUCAUUGGAUGUAGGAGGUUUCUUUGACAAUAAUACUGUCUGACCCAGUUCCAUACAUCCUGUAUCUAGUAUUGAGAUAACCAGGCACCAUGGUUAUAACACCACCAGUGACAGCAUAGCACUUGUUAUGAUUCAAGUUCCCCUUGGAUGCCAUCCAGGUUCCUGGAAAGACCUUGUUCUAGCAUAGUCCUAUUUCUAGCAUAGUCCUGUUGGCACUGCCCCCUCAGCUGAUGCCACCAACCCUCCAGUAGGGUUAGGGCCUGGCAGUGUACUACUGCAGGGAGCUUUGGGGUCAUUUUGGGGCAGGUAGGGUCUGGUAUGCUGGCAAGAGGGUCCUUGCUGAUAAAAGGAGGAGAGGAUUUGCACAUGUUCCCAGUAUCAGAGAGAGAAUUUCAUUAAUGAACUCCUGGAUUUGAAAAAAAAAAUCCUUUGUCAAAUAGCUGAGUUAGUUGCCCACUCCUAAUGUUGAAUUUUACCUUUUGGAGCCUCAUCUUCCUCUAAGGCACAAAAGACUAAGAACCCUCCAGGAUGUGGUCUGUUAGGCCACUCUUGCUACAUUUUAAAGUGUCAUAUUGAAUGUGAAUCACUUCUCCCCAUGAGUGUUCUUUUUUCCCUUUCAGCAUAUCAAUUGCCAAGUAAUUAUUAUUUAUCUAAGAAAGGACUUGAUGAAUAUUCAUAGUGAAUAUUAUGGGAGAAGCAUUUGAAUUUGAAUUCGCCACUAGACGCCAAAGAGAAAUUAUCUGCAGAACCUCAGCCAAAACGAGAAAUAUUCCCAGAGUGCUCAACUAGCCAGACAGCAUGACUUGUAGCUUGUCAGGAGCACCAGCAGUCAGGAGCAGAUCCCCACGACGGGGUGAAUGCUUUUUUUUCCCCCAUUGCAUGGAUCCAGUUGCCUUGAUGACAGCUUCCUAAGGUCCUGGUCAGAUGUUAAACUUCUCAAUCAGGACCUGACCAAGAAAGACAACAGAUGUGAUGUUUGACGUGCCCCUCUUGAUCUCUCCCAGAUUUUUCCAGAGAUCUCCCUCCCCAGGGUUGGGGUUGCUUAGCUUGAUCUCAGAAAUGGCCUUUCAGAUUAGCACAGGCCCUGCCAAGACACUGUUUGAAUCUCUGGUGGAGGACAGGAAUGAAUGCCCAAAAGAUAUCAGGUGUCCCCUGCUCCUGUGCCAGUGCAGAUAACCCCUGGGAGGCGAGAAUACCUUAGGUUUAUUCUUUGUUUUCUAUCUAAGAAUAGAAUGCCAGCCUUUGUGCCCACUAAAUCACUGUCAGCUUACCUGCUCUGUAGACCUAGGGUUAAUCAGGCUUCCCAUUAAAGAUGUAGCAUCAGCCUCCUCCAUUCCCAAUACUAAUAGCUAGCAUUUACAUAGCACUUUAAGGUAGCAAAGUGCUUUACUUGUAUCUCGUUAGCUUUCAUUUCCUACUUGAAAUAAUUGAGUUGAAAACUUUCUAUUUCUUAGAGUGUUUGUAUCUUGGCCAAGUGCCACCCAGAGAGGGAAAGAAAGAAGAGAGAGAAUUAUUUAGUUAUUAAUUCAAGACAGCUCAAAUCCAGUAUGCUUGGGCUAUUUUCAUGAGUGGAACUGAUUUCAGUUUUCAGUGUUAGGCAUUCAUAUCAGGUUAGUUCUUUAGGUGUACUUGAUUGCCGACAGAUUUUAAGGUUUCUGUUUUGUUUCGUUAAGGUAUUAACUUCCCCACAUUUCUAAAGGCCGAAACUCUGACCUCAACAUUUUUUCAAUGGGAACUCUUUCUCUUUUUUAUCAUGGGAGGUCCAUCACCCUCCCUUGUAUCUCAGACAGACCAGUCCUAUGGGAUUUUGGGAUUAGGAUGAGAUACAGUAAACACAGAUAUUAAGAGCAGUCAGUCACACAUACUGCCUUAUAUACCAUAGACCCACAUAGACCUGUCUGGGUCUGGCCUAGGAGCCAGAGAUGAACAGAGUGGGGAGGGAGGGGAGAAGGGGAGCUUAGUGGGGAUUUUUUGUCUCCCGAUCUCUGAUCUAGAUUAUAGGCCUGGGUGUCCAAUUUGAUCUAAGACCUCCCAGGUCCAUCCUGUGUUGGUCAUGUUUGUGGGUUAAGGAUGUGUUCACCCACUUCUUAUAGUCAUUUCUGGGUUGGAUCUCAAUGUAAAUAGAGUACACUUUCUCUAAAUCCUUCUGCCCACUCUUGUGACCUAGCAUGAGCAUUUCUUGGCUGCCACAGCUUCCUGCUUCUAGUACAACCAGAAGUUCUGGGGACAGGGAUAAGGACAUGGCUAGGCCUUGAGACAGAGCCACCACCAGUGUGAUCACAGAUUGAUUCCAUAACACUUUAGCAGUAGUCUGAACACCACAGACUAUUGGCCCUGGUUAAGUAGGCCAUGUUUGGUCCACAGAUCGUCAGUUUCUGACUUAGAACAUGAGAAGAAAGCUACAAAAACUCAGCAUUCCUUCCUAAAAUAUUCUCCCGACCUCUUGCUUAUUCUGAAACAAGUACACACGUUAUUAAUGCUUUGUGACAGGUAGAUUUAGAAUGGCCGUGCUCAAGGCUGCACCCCUCCUCUGUGUUGUUGCUAGUCCCAUUAGUUCCAUAGCAGAUAGUGGCUUUUCCCAGCAGCCUCAUUCCCUCUCUCCCAUCCCCAUGGCCCCUGCCUUCUGCAUGACCUAGCGGUAGCACACCCCCCUCUGCUAAUGGCCGAAGCCCUUGCUUAUGUGUUUGUGUUGUCUUUUGGGGUGGGAGGGUAGAGCGGGGUGAAUUGCUCUGGUUCCCUCCACUGCCAUUCCAUGUGCCUAUCACUCCCGAACACCAGCCUGGCUCGGCCCCCACUUCUGAUGGAGGAGCUGGAGUCAAGGCAAGUAGGCUUAACAGUUCACUUGCUGAAGGACCAGUUGGCUGCGGAGGCUGCAGCCCGACUGGAGGCCCAGGCACGAGUCCACCAGCUCCUGCUACAGAACAAGGACAUGCUUCAACACAUCUCCCUGCUGGUCAAACAGGUGCAGGAGCUUGAACUCAAACUGUCAGGACAUGAUGCCAUGGGUUCCCAAGACAGCUUGCUGGAAAUCACCUUUCGCUCUGGUGUCCUUCCUGUGCUCUGCGACCCCACGACCCCCAAGCCUGAGGACCUCCACCUGCCCCCGCUAGGCCCCAGCUCCGCUGACUUCGCUCACUCGGUGGGCAGCCCCUUAGUUGACCAAAGCAUGUUUGAGAAUUCUAACACAGCACCCACACCAAAGCUGCAGCCAAGCCGUUCCUUCCCUCACCUGUCCAAGUCGACUGCCUCCAGCUCAACAGUCAUGGGCCCAAUGGAGCCAAGUGGGCCAGGGCUCCGGGUGGGCAGCAGCCAGCACCUCAAAAACCUGGGGAAGGCUGUGGGAGCCAAGGUCAAUGAUUUCUUGCGGAGGAAAGAGCCAGUGAACCUUGGGAACACUGCAGGAGUGAUGGAGAUCAACAAGAAUGCAGGAGCCACACUAUCUGCUCCAGGUGAUACCCCACCGGGGACCUGGCAAGAAGAAGAAAGGUCAGCUCUAUUGGAAGCAUUCCCCCGCCUUGAUCCACCUCCUCCAGUGACCAAGAAGCGGACCCCUCGGGCCCUGAAGAGCCCCCAAGACAUGCUGAUUUCCCCCCAGCCUGUCAUGAGCAGCCUGGAGUAUGGGGCAGAGCUGUCAUCUGGGCCUCCCCAAGAGCCACCUUCCACGAUGCCCAGCCUGGGAGAACAGGCCUCCGAUGACAACCUGAGACCAGAGGGUUCUAUGGAGAUGGUGCCAGAGAGCGAGGCCCUGCCCAAUGGAGAGGUCCCUUUGUCAGUGCCAGAUCUCAUCCACAAGGACCCUCAGAGUGAUUUCAAGCUGAGGACAACCGAGUGGAGAAGGACCUCCUCCCCCAGCCUCAGUGAAAGAAAUGGCCUCAAACUCAGUUUGGGUCCCCUCAGCCUGGCUGAGCCCCAGGAAGAUGGCAGCCCCCCACCUCGGGCAAGGACCAGCAGCCUUGACAAUGAGGGACCUCACCCAGACCUACUGUCCUUUGAGUAAAGCUUCCAUCCCCUGUCCCCCUAAGGGAGCAUGACAGUCCCUCCUCUAAAUCUGGGGACAGAAGUCCCCGCCUUCUCUUUCCACUGUCCACGGAGGCCCUGGCUCAGGCUCCCUCUCCCCCUUUAACCACCACAUUUGAAGGCACUAUCAGGUUUCCAGGUAGAGGUCCUGACUCGAUCCAGCAGCUCCCAGACCUCAGUAGGCUCCUAAUAGUACCUUUGUUUGUGUCUAGUGACUUUUCUCUCCUGGGAAGGGGGGAAGGAGGGAACUCCUGUCCCAUUGUAGUCCCCCUAACUUCCUUGGUGCCUCCCCAGUGCUGUUCCAUGCCCAUUCAUCCCCACACAGACAUAGUUGGGAUGAUGGGGCAGGUCACAUUCUACUUUGAUGCUUAAUAAAAAGUCCCAUUGAUGCUGGCAGUGACCCUCAGGAACAUGCUGGCCACACUUCCUUAUUCUGAUGAGUACACAGGCCCCCAGGUGAGAAGACCAGUCUAACAACAAUCUCUAGAAUUCUCUCUCUGGAAUGCAACUCACUCCUCUGUGGGCAACUUGGGUUCCUCUCUCCAUCCCACUCUGGUGGUGGUGCCUCACAGUUCCUACCUUGAUAUCUUGUGUGCAGCCUAGGAAUUCCCUCAGGCUCAGUCCAUCCUUGGGGGGGGGGGGCUCUCACAACGGGGAGGCCUGGAGUUCAUAAUCACAUCAAUGCAGGCAAUGACUGGUUUGGCUUGAUGAUGGCUACACUUGUCUGAAAGCCACCUACAGCAACCAGAGCCUCAGCUAAAAGGUGGUCUUGGGUAUGGAUCUGUGGUGAGUCCAUAGUCCACUUCAUUCAUCAUCUCUGUUCUCUUUGUUCAGGUAGGAAGAGAGGGAAGCUGGGAAAGUUGUUUGCUAAGUUUGAGGGCCAACCCAUGAGCUGCCUGCCCUAUUUAUCUUCCCAGUGUUCACAGGGGACAGUAUUUCCCCUUUAGUCAGGCAAGUCAUUGACUGAGGUCCUCUUGGUGUCACAUAUUGAAGUAGGCCCUGAAAAUGUCCCUAAGGCUACUUAUCUUUUUCCCUUCUUCCUUUCCUGUGGUCCCUUCCAAUUGAGGCAAGAUGAUGAAUUGGAAACAUUGUGCCACUUUAAGCUCUCACCAUGAGGGAAGACAGCACCUACCUCCCGAGGUGAAUGAAGACAGAGCUGAGCAAGCCAUGGUGGGAAUAUAGCAAUGAGCUCUUCUUCUUUUUUUUCUUGAUGAGCUUUUCUGAAUUCCUUUUUUGGUGCAGAGGUUUGCCAUCCAAGGAACUCAUUUGUUCAGGUCCUGUGGUGUCGAAAUCCCAUUGAGCUGGGUGUGCUCCAAGCUGGUGGGAAGAAUGGGGUUGGUUACUAGGAUCCAGAGCUACGGAAGGUGUGUUGGCAUGCCUGAAACGAUAUGAAUCCUAGAGAGGGGUAUAAGUAAGCAUAUGCACUCAUAGGUGAGGACAAUACAUGAGAAGAGCAUUGGAGUGAGAUAUGAGAGAGAUGGGAAAUCAUUAAUAGUGUGGAUUUGUCCCCUGCCAAAGUACUUUUAACCUAGUAGAAGGUCCUUUGGCAAAUGCUGGCACCCCCAAAUCCCUGCUUUCUUUAUAGAGGCGUCCGAGGCCUGCUCUUCUCUCUCAUUCUGCAGGGCCAUUAGCUCACACUUUCCACCUGCUUCCAGGACCCACCCCUGCUAUCCAUGGCUAGGAGGUGCCACCCUCUUGAGUUUAACCCAUUGUUUGUUCCUGUUUCUCACCAGGAGCCUUGGGGUGCUGCCUUCCUGUGGCCAAGAGACUGUGUAAGGGGGUGAGCCUGAGCCAGGAAGUAUACACAUCGAGAAGAAGCCGGGCUUCCCUCGGGAGGAGGGCUUCACUUCCUAGGGAGGGGACUGGGUGGGCUUC